AUGCCGCGGGUCUACCUUAUUUCCAAGUUCGGCGACGUCCUUCUCGGUCUCUCAACAGGUGUCUGGGCCUACUACCUCUACGAGCGACGCCUGAACCGACCAGACGGCGAACGACUCGCCGACCUCGUCCGAUGGAAAUGGGCCAAGUUCCAAGACCAACGACGGAACCGGGUUGCGGAUCAGGAGGGAUGGGAGGAGAUUGAGAGGGAGCUGCGCGCGCAGGGGGAGGUGCUGGAGGGGAAGGAGCGGAGAUGA